GUAACCUUCAUGAGCGAGGGUGAUGAAGGUUCAUUACACGUCGAACAUUCACUUCUGACACUACUUCGAGGAAAGAACCAGAGGAAAAAUGGAAGGAGUGGUAAAGAAAGUUGCUCUUAACUUUUUAAGCGAGAAGUGCUAUGAAGAGUUUUUUUAUAAUUUCAACUUCUUUAAUUUGUUAUGUUUAAAAGCCUUCGUCAGCAAGUGUUUGGGCUAUGUCAUAAUUGCAGGCUCAUGUUUCGUGAAGUUACCACAAAUACUGAAAAUAUGGAAUAAUAAGAGUGCUAAAGGUAUUAGCAUAAUAAAUGUAUUUACAGACUUAUUCGCUAUAACUGUUAAUGCAUCAUAUGCAUUUGUGCGAUCUUUUCCAAUCAGUGCAUAUGGAGAAGGUAUUUCUAUGGGAAUACAAACAGUAACAAUAGCUGCUCAAGUACUGCACCAUAAUUUUUCAAGCUCUUUAGCAGCUGCGUUUGUUGCGGUAUAUGGUGUUGUUUGCUACGUGAUGACAAAUUUUAUACCAGUUAAUAUGCUUUGGAACUUGCAAGCUGUUACUAUACCUGUUCUUUUAUUCGGAAAGUUGGCCCAAGCUUAUUCAAAUUACUCUAUCAAAGGCACUGGACAACUGUCGGCUGCAACCUGUGUGAUGUUGCUAUUUGGUUCAACCUCAAGAAUCUUCACAUCCUUUCAGGAGACUGGUGAUGUGAUUAUUAUUAUCACUUACCUCCUAGCGACUCUCGGAAAUGGAAUUAUUGUGUUCCAAUUUAUGUAUUAUAGAAAGCCUGCUGCCAAGCAACAGAAAAAGAAAGAAGGAAAAAAGCAGCGAUAAUGACAUUACCCUUCAUGACAAAAUCUGCCUUCUUAGUAUUUUAACUAAAAUUGCAAUUUAGAUUCUGAAUUAUUAUUUUUUGUUACGGGUCAUAUCCUUGAUUUUUCAUUAAUUUAUUUUUGUUGAUUAUCGAAGAAUUUUAUUAUUACUGAAAUUUACUUUUAUUUAUAAAACUACAUUUUUUAUUUAUAGAUAAGCAAUGUCAUCUAUUUAACACUGAAACAUUGAAUCUUCCUCGUAUAAAUUUUAGUUAAUUUCCUUUUGUCUUUCAUAAUUUAUUCGCAACAGAAUCAUCUUAGAGAAAUUGCUCAAGCACUAGUAUAUAUCGCUUGCUAAGUAGUUUCUGUUCAGACUAUAAUUUUACUUUUAUUUAUAUAAAGUAUUCCAUUAGAGGGAGUUAAAAAGGAAUGAAUGAGCCUGUGCUAAGUCUGAAUCAUGUCAAUGGUAUUAAAAUACUUAUUUGUCACAGAUGAUUUUCUAGAAAUUAUAUAAAAAAUAUAGAAAUAUAUUAAUAUUAAUCUUGUAUAUAUUAAGUAUUUCAAUGAAACAAUUGAUAUAUUAUAUUAUGCAUCACAAGUUUGAAAUUAAUUAGAAAAAUUUAGGAACAGUAAUGUUUAAAAUCACGAAAGUUAAAUUAUUUUAACAACUCCCCCCUCCUUAAUGUAGAUUAUUAUUCCAUUGUGUGAGAUUUGGUAACUUGGACAAGAAUAUUUUUUUAGUGUAGUUUGAUUAUUUAGAAAACUAGAAACUAUUUUGCAAUGUUUUAAGGAUAUUUCCUCCUUGUUGAUUUUUAAUAUUAAUACCAUAAAUGUUGCUUGACUAUGUUAAGUAGUGUAAGGAACCAAAAUGUCUUGCCAUUUAUUUAUUAAUUUUAUUCCCAAAUACCUUGUGUAUGUUUCUAUUUAUUAGUAAAACUCAUUCCAUUUGUACCUUACCUUAAGUGUAUCCAUUGUACAAAAAGUAAUUAAAGUGAAUUAAUAUUUG